AUAAAAUUAGCAACUAUGCGGAACAAGCGAGGUGUGCAAGUAGUUGGGUACGCAGAAUAGUACCUCGACAUCAGCGACAUCAGCCUUUGACAUUGGAACAUUUCAAAAAACAAUAAUAAAUUCAUCUGACUAUAAAAGAAAUACAUAGUUCAAUAGCUCCGGAGUGACAAACCGGCUUGUUGUUGGGAUGUAAACAAAUCCCCGAGGCGAAAAUUUCGAGAUUGAAUUGAUUUCUUGACGGUGGAAGAUCUAGCAUGGGAUGGAAGUAACUGAGUUAUUUACGAAAAUAUGUGGAGAUGAAUACUAAAAUUAUUACUCAUGGUGAACUAAGGAAAUUACUAGGCAACACAAGAAGAAAUCGUCCAUAUCAGGUUCCCAAAUUGUUCAGUGACAUGGAAGAUGCUGACUACUAUAUACAGGCAGCCAAACGACUACAGAAGAAAAACAACGGAUACAAAUUAAAAAUUAUAGUUAUUCCGUGGUAUUCAUGUGUUAUGUUUGUUAUUUCAAAUAAACAUGAUAAUAGGUAA